GAGCUUCCCCAACCAUUGUCUUGGAAUUCUUUUUCCUUCUGUCCUUUCUUCUUUGCAUUACCGAUUCUGUCGUACAUCUUCUUGCCUUCUUAGAAUUAUAGGGACUGUCUGCACUGCGUUGCCCUUAGAUCAGUUUCAGCCAAAAUAUCUGGAAAUUCUGAUCUGUUAUUCCCACUCAAAUUUUCUUGAGAUCGGCUUUUCAGUUUUCAGGUGGAUCAGUAAGAAGAGUGCCGGGCACAAGACACAUUACUGAUUUCACCAUAUCAGUCGAGAUGACUACGUCGGUCGCUAGCUCUCCCCAUAUGAGAAUAGGAUACUUGAUAUCCACAUUUGUCGACAAGGCAGCAUUUGCUGCACUUACUUGCAUCUUUGCUAUUGCUGGUGCAAUUGUUGGGGUUGCUGCUGGGGCUGUACUUGGUCCAGUAAAGGGAGUUGGAUGCUAUAAGGGUGCCAGAAUGGGAGCUUUCAGCGGUACUAUCCUGGCCGUGGAGAUGCUUCAGGCAACAAGCGGGCGAGGCCGUUGGUCCCUGAUGGAAAUCUUUCUUAGCUUGGUGAAUGGAAAAGCUUUCCAAGAAUGGGUUGGCGAAGCAUUGAUGGCAGACCAUGAAGCGGAGGUCAGUUUUGAGGACCACCUAAGUCUAUUAGACUUUGGCAGCACGAAGGGGAUGCAAUCCGAGUCAGUUAAGAGGCUUCCGGAAUUUGUGAUCAGUUCCCAAGAGAAGAUAAGAGCGUCAGCAGACGAGAUGCCGUGCGCUAUUUGUUUGCAGGAUUUUGAAGAAGGUGAUAUUGCCAGGAGUUUACCCAGAUGCAGCCAUCAUUUUCACUUGGUCUGUGUUGAUAAGUGGUUAACAGUACAUGGAUCCUGCCCUAUGUGUAGACAACAUGUUGGAUGAGUCCUGCAAUUCUCCUGCUCUACAUGAUGGAGUCAAUUUCAACAGCUUGCAGUGGCUGGACUUGGAGUUGCAAGAGUACAAUCUUUAGCAUCUCUAACUGGAGGCUUCGGGAUAAAAUUUGUCACUUCAAGUCCUCUUCUAAUGGGAAGUCAAGCAUGGACCAGAAUUGGUCUGUUUGCUUUCAUACACCAGAAGAAAUUUGCAUUGUUCGUGGAAAGAUUGCCUAGGCCUGCUAAACUACAACAAAUAACGAUGGUAUCACAUAGUUUUGAGAUUCAAAACGUGAAGCGUAGUCUUCUAAACCGACGUGAAGCGUAGUCUUCUAAACCGUAUUUAUCGGGACAAGUGAUACAUUUGACAGAGAUAUUUAUAUGCAGAAAAAAGGGUCUUUUCUUCUGUAAAAGGCAAUUACUUGUUGCCUUAAUGGUUGUAAUAUAUGAACGGU